GAGUAGGUUUAGUGUCAGUAAAGCUCUGAGAUUUACAGGCGCGCUGUACACUAGCUAUCCUCCUCUAGGAGGAUAGCGGAAGACUGAGAGGAUGUUCAGUGAUCAGAGAAACAGGAGACAGAGCCUCUUUCCCAACUGCAAACUAGCAACUUCUGAGUCAAUAGACGACACCGUCCCAUUCGCUAAAGAGUGUUUGGUGAAACAGUGGAGCUCCUUAAGCGAACUACAGGCGGAUAUCUAUGACAUCUUUGAGGAUGUCGACGAUGGGGAGGUUGAGAGGUAUUCAGAGCCUUCGUUAUGGUUUACCAGCAUAUCACCAAGCAGGAAUUGCACGCUUAACCUCAACGUUGGAGGAAAGUCCUACCGUAUCACCUACAAGAUGGCAGCGAGAUACCCACAGAGCAGAAUUGGCCGACUGGCCACCUACACUGACCUCAACAUGAAGCUGAACCUCUGCGAUGACUACGUCGUGAAGGACAACGAAUAUUUCUUCGACCGAGAUCCAGACGUCUUCAACAGCAUCUUCAACUUCUACAGGACCGGUGUGCUGUGGAUCAAGGAAGAGCUCUGUCCGAGGAACUUCUUGGAGGAGAUCAAUUACUGGGGCGUUCGGAUCAAAUACUCUCAACGGUGCUGUCGGAUCCUGCUCGAGGAGAAACACGACGAGUUGUGCGAACAGCUCAAGGUUCAGAAGGAACUGGAGGCGGAGGUGGUAGUCGAAGAAAACGAGGAGGCGUUCGACAGCAUGUUUCUCGGCGAGACGCGGCGGUCACUUUGGAACUUCAUGGAGAAUCCGUUCUCCUCGGUCCAGGCGAAACUCAUGGCAGUCGCCUCGAGUAUGUUUGUGCUGGUGUCGCUGGUCACGAUGACUCUGUCUACGGUGGAAGAAAUGGAGAACAUGGCAUCUACUAACCAGUUUAGUGGCAAGCCAUACGGAGAGUUCGUAGAGACUCUGUGCAUAACCUUCUUCACCACUGAGUACCUGUUGCGUCUGGUUUCAACCCCAGAUAUCUGUUGCUUUGUUAAGAGCAUACUGAACGCAGUAGACCUCAUGGCCAUCCUACCGCAGUUGCUGCAGUUCGUGCUCGAGACCUUUGAGGACUUGGUUCCUGGGAAACAAAAUGCGGACAUGCAGACUGUAGGUCAAGUGAGCAAGGUUGGACAAGUGCUGCGAAUCAUGCGACUCAUGCGUAUUUUUCGGGUUCUGAAACUGGCCCGUCACUCCACGGGGCUGAGAGCGUUUGGCUUCACGUUGAGGCAGUGCUAUCACCAGGUGGGGUGUCUCUUUCUCUUUAUUGCCAUGGGGAUCUUCACAUUCUCUGCCAUGGUUUAUAGCGUUGAAUUUGACGCCCCUAAUACCAACUUUACCAGCAUUCCACAUUCUUGGUGGUGGGCAUCUGUGAGCAUCUCUACUGUAGGCUAUGGUGACAUGUAUCCAGAGACCCUAUUGGGGCGGAUAUUUGCCUUUGGCUGCAUUUCCUUUGGGAUCAUUUUGAAUGGCCUUCCAAUCUCCCUACUCUUCAAUAAAUUCUCAGAUUACUACGCCAAACUGAAGUCUCAUGAAUACACUUCCAACAUGAAGAACAGAGGGAAGGUUAACUUCAUCCUGAGAGCCAAGAAGAAACUAAAAGAAUUUGGCUGCAUCGAAACUUAUGACACUGUUUCGUAAACA